UAGUAUCUCAACGGCCUACCGGAUGAGUAUGCCAACUUUAGGGAUAUAAUAAUCAGUUCGAAUGUUCCCCUAACCCCCGAUCAUCUCAUGAAUCGUAUAGACAAUUAUAAUAACAUGGCGAAGAAUAUCAGCAAAGAGAAGGGAUCCAGGGCAUCCGACUUCAAAAAGAAGAGUAUAACCUGCUUCAAUUGUGAAAAGAAAAAUUAUAUAGCAAGGGAUUGCCGCCAAAAAAAGAAAGAUCAACGUUCUGAUGACUCAGAAGAUAAAGCCAAAGAGAAGAAGAAACACCCCGGCAAAAGACAACCUGCCAAGCACAAGGGGCGAUCCGCCGAUCACCGACCCGAAGAAGGAUCGGAUUAGAAUCACAAUGAUAAGAAUACUUGCAGAGUGAUUACCCAAUCCUUCAGAAUAGCAUACCAUCGCGUGAAGAAGAUCAACACCUCCUCUAGCAACCAUGACGUCGAAAUAAGGUUGGUAGAGAACAUUGAUAUAGAGAUUGACGACCGCGACCGGUCUGACCAAUAGUGUUUCGACAGUGGAGCA